AAAUUGUAAGAUUAGAAAUAUUGGAGAAAGUGCAAAGUUGAGAAAAAAGCAAAGCUGUAAAAUCUUCCAUGGGUUCAUUGAACCGGGACAAUUAUGAACAGAGUUACAGGUGCCAUCAAGUGUGCUUACAUUUGGAGGUACAAUCCUAGAGAGAGAAUGGAAGGAGAAGAAGAGAACUUUAUGAGAAGUGAUGAAAAGAUCAUAUGAGCAUUGAGCCCCCACUAUCAAUGGUUUGAAUAUAAAGCAUUGAUGAAUCAUGUAUAGCAGAUUUGAACUGCAUUAACACCACCCUUUUCACCGUUCCCCCAAACACUUCAAUGGCCGGUCUUCCAACAAAUGGAGACGCCGACACCAAAGAGAUUGAUAUGGCUAGCGUAUCAUCUUCAAAGCGUCACAAUCAAUACUUUGAUGUUCACCACAAAGUUGGUGUCCCGUCUAAGCAAAACUUGUUUAAGGAGUUCACUCACACUGUGAAGGAGACAUUCUUUGCUGAUGAUCCUUUACGAGACUUCAAGGAUCAGCCUAGCUCACGGAAGUUCAAGCUCGGUCUUCAAGCUGUUUUCCCUAUCCUUGAAUGGGGAAGAGGUUAUAAUCUCAACAAGUUUAAAGGAGACCUCAUUUCUGGUCUCACAAUUGCUAGUCUCUGUAUCCCUCAGGAUAUUGGGUAUUCAAAGCUUGCAAACCUAGACCCUCAGUAUGGUCUAUACUCAAGCUUUAUUCCCCCAUUAAUAUAUGCUUGCAUGGGUAGUUCCAGAGAUAUUGCCAUAGGACCAGUGGCUGUUGUGUCUCUCUUACUAGGGACUCUGAUUCAGAACGAGAUUGAUCCCAUCAAAAAUCCUGUCGAGUAUCGAAGGCUUGCAUUUACUGCAACAUUUUUUGCAGGGAUCACUCAAAUGACCCUUGGAUUCUUCAGGCUAGGCUUCUUAAUUGACUUCCUAUCGCAUGCUGCUAUUGUCGGGUUCAUGGGUGGAGCUGCAAUCACAAUCGCGUUGCAACAACUUAAAGGAUUUCUUGGUAUCAAGAAGUUUACAAAGAAAUCAGAUAUAAUAUCUGUACUACACUCAGUAUUUGGUUCCAUGCAUCAUGGGUGGAACUGGCAGACUAUACUUAUUGGAGCAGUCUUUCUGGCGUUCCUUCUUUUCGCUAAGCUUAUCGGAAAGAGAAACAAGAAAUUAUUUUGGGUGCCAGCAAUUGCUCCAUUGUUGUCCGUCAUUCUCUCCACCUUUUUUGUGUUUGUAACGCAUGCAGAAAAGGAGGGAGUAGCAAUAGUGAAUCACAUAGAAAAAGGACUUAAUCCAUCAUCGCUGCAUCAACUAUAUUUUUCUGGAGACAAUCUCCUAAGAGGCUUCAAAAUUGGUGCUGUGGCUGGUAUGAUAGCAUUAACUGAAGCCACUGCGAUAGGAAGAACAUUCGCAGCUAUGAAAGACUACCAACUAGAUGGAAACAAAGAAAUGGUAGCUCUAGGGGCGAUGAACGUUGUUGGAUCAAUGACUUCCUGCUAUGUGGCCACAGGGUCCUUCUCUCGAUCUGCAGUGAAUUACAUGGCAGGCUGUCAAACUGCAGUGUCAAACAUCAUAAUGUCAUUUAUUGUGUUCCUAACCUUGUUAUUUAUCACUCCUCUUUUCAAGUACACCCCAAAUGCCAUACUUGCUUCCAUCAUCAUAUCUGCCGUCAUCAACCUUAUUGAUUAUGAGGCUGCUAUUCUGAUAUGGAAGAUUGAUAAAUUCGACUUUGUCGCAUGUAUGGGUGCCUUUUUUGGUGUCAUUUUCGGGUCUGUUGAGAUUGGUCUUUUGAUUGCGGUUGUCAUAUCUUUUGCUAAAAUCCUCCUGCAAGUUACGAGGCCAAGAACUGCACUCCUUGGUAACCUCCCAGGCUCCACAAUUUACAGAAAUAUGCAGCAAUAUCCUGAAGCAACCAAUAUUCCUGGCAUAUUGAUUGUGAGGGUUGAUUCAGCCAUCUACUUUUCCAACUCAAAUUACAUCAAGGAGAGAAUAUUGAGAUGGUUAGUUGACGAAGAAGAGAAAAGGAAAAAGCUGUACAGACCAAGGAUCCAGUUUUUAAUCGUAGAAAUGUCACCUGUGACAGACAUUGAUACGAGUGGCAUCCAUGCUUUAGAAGAGCUAUACAAAAGUCUACAGAAAAGAAGUGUUCAGCUUGCUUUAGCAAAUCCAGGACCAGUGGUAAUUGAGAAGCUACAUGCAUCCCAUUUCACAACUUUAAUUGGGGAACAUAACAUCUAUUUAACGGUCGCCCACGCUGUUUCUUCGUGUUCUCCGAAAGUAGUUGAAGAGGCUUGAUUAUGAAGUCAUCGGAACUUAAAUGUAUCAUGUAUGUAUGUAUGAGUUGUUUGUAUGUUUAAACCGUAAAAAAGAAGUGAGAUUAAUUAUCUUAAUAAACUGUCUGAGUGAUGCUAAGCUCAAAAACUGGUAAUUGUUGAAUCAACCAAUUCAUAAUUUUUCUCAAUGAUAAAUAAGUAGCUUUUGAGGGGUGAUGUUGUGUGUAAAUGUACAAGUUUAGGAUAUUGUCAAUCCAUUUUCAUGCAUUGAGAUGGUUAGCAUUUUGGCAAUUUGUCUUUUCAGGCGAUUGUUGUAUUGCUUGCGUUUUUGGAAAAUAAUGAAUGUGUGCUUAGCUGAUCUAAAGUCUUUUAUGAAGGAAGCUAAUCUAAAGUCUUAAUUUAUAUA